CCCAUGCAAAGAAUCGGGCUACGUAUCACAUUUCUCGUGAGCUGGGGCCCACCCACACUCAGCGAGGUAAACGCUUCAACUUCCUUCUCUCGGAAGCUGGCGCGAAAAAAUCUAAAACUUACGCGCGCGCUAGGUGAAAGUCUAAAUCCAAAAGCCCAUUUCUGCUUUGCUUUCACUUUAAAUCUAUUUCAUCAAACUCACACGCCUACCAACUGUUCGACACAAUUCCCCAAAGAAAAAACUCCGAAGAUGUACGUGGUGAAGCGCGACGGAAGGCAGGAAACCGUCCGCUUCGACAAGAUCACCGCGCGUCUCAAGAAGCUUAGCUAUGGCCUCAGCGUCGAUCACUGCGACCCCGUCCUCGUCUCCCAGAAAGUCUGCGCCGGCGUCUACAAAGGCGUCACCACCACUCAGCUCGACGAGUUAGCCGCUGAGACUGCCGCCGCUAUGACCGCCAACCACCCCGAUUACGCCUCCUUGGCUGCAAGGAUCGCUGUCUCUAAUCUCCACAAGAACACUAAGAAAUCGUUUUCAGAGACGGUUAAGGAUAUGUACAAUCAUGUCAAUGAGAGAUCUGGACUUGACUCUCCUCUUAUUGCUGAUGAUGUUUUUGAGAUCAUUAUGAAGAAUGCUACUCGUCUGGAUAGUGAAAUCAUUUACGACCGUGACUUUGAAUAUGACUACUUUGGAUUCAAGACUCUUGAGAGAUCAUACCUCUUGAAAGUCCAUGGGAAAGUUGUUGAAAGGCCUCAGCACAUGCUCAUGAGGGUUUCUGUUGGCAUUCAUAAACAGGAUAUUGAUUCAGCUGUCCAGACUUACCAUUUAAUGUCUCAGCGAUGGUUCACUCAUGCGUCUCCGACCCUCUUUAACUCUGGAACUCCACGGGCUCAACUGAGCAGCUGCUUUCUGAUCUGCAUGAAGGAUGAUAGCAUUGAGGGGAUUUAUGAUACAUUGAAAGAGUGUGCGGUUAUAAGUAAGUCAGCUGGGGGUAUUGGUGUUUCUGUUCACAACAUCCGUGCUACUGGAAGUUACAUUCGUGGCACUAAUGGGGAAUCUAAUGGUAUUGUUCCAAUGCUGCGGGUGUUCAAUGAUACUGCUCGUUAUGUUGACCAAGGAGGUGGCAAGAGAAAGGGAGCCUUUGCUGUAUACCUGGAGCCAUGGCAUGCUGACAUUUUUGAGUUUCUGGAGCUCCGUAAGAAUCAUGGGAAGGAAGAACACAGGGCAAGAGACUUGUUUUAUGGUCUUUGGAUACCAGAUCUUUUCAUGGAAAGGGUCCAGAGUGAUGGGCAGUGGUCACUCUUUUGUCCUAAUGAAGCUCCAGGUUUGGCAGAUUGUUGGGGUGCAGAUUUUGAGAGACUUUACACUAAGUAUGAGAACGAGGGCAAGGCUAAGAAGGUUGUCCAGGCACAACAGCUCUGGUACGAAAUCUUGACAUCCCAAGUUGAAACAGGGACACCAUACAUGCUUUUCAAGGAUUCAUGUAACAGGAAAAGCAACCAGCAGAAUCUUGGUACCAUAAAGUCUUCCAAUUUAUGCACUGAAAUCAUCGAAUACACAAGUCCAACAGAAACUGCUGUGUGCAAUCUUGCAUCUAUUGCUUUACCCCGAUUCGUUAGGGAGAAGGAUGUCCCCUUGGACUCACAUCCAUCUAAGAUUGUAGGCAGUUUGGGCUCAAAGAAUCGUUACUUUGAUUUCGACAAGCUAGCAGAGGUGACUGCAACCGUUACUGUUAAUCUCAAUAAGAUAAUUGAUGUGAAUCACUAUCCUAUGGAGACGGCUAAAACUUCAAACUUGCGUCAUAGGCCUAUUGGUAUUGGUGUGCAAGGUCUUGCAGAUGCAUUUAUUCUUCUGGGAAUGCCAUUUGAUUCCCCUGAGGCUCAGCAACUGAACAAAGGCAUAUUUGAAACCAUAUACUACCAUGCACUUAAGUCAUCUUCGGAGAUUGCUACUAAGGAAGGUACAUAUGAGACAUACCAAGGAAGUCCUGUGAGUAAGGGUAUUCUACAACCUGACAUGUGGAAUGUGAUUCCUUCGGAUCGCUGGGACUGGGCUGCUCUCAGAGAUAUGAUUUCGAAGAAUGGAAUUAGAAAUUCUCUUUUAGUAGCACCAAUGCCAACUGCUUCAACCAGCCAGAUUCUUGGGAAUAAUGAAUGUUUUGAGCCGUAUACCUCAAACAUUUAUAGUCGCAGAGUCUUAAGUGGUGAGUUCGUAGUUGUGAACAAGCAUCUUCUUCACGACUUGACGGAUAUGGGACUGUGGUCUCCUACGCUCAAAAACAAGAUAAUACAUGAGAAUGGUUCUGUUAUAAAUGUCCCGGAGAUUCCUGAUGACUUGAAGGCAAUUUAUAGGACUGUGUGGGAGAUUAAGCAGAGAACAGUGGUUGAUAUGGCGGUUGAUCGUGGAUGCUUUAUAGAUCAAAGCCAAAGUUUGAAUAUACACAUGGACAAACCCAACUUUGCCAAACUCACUUCCUUACACUUCCACACUUGGAAAAAGGGAUUGAAAACGGGGAUGUACUACUUGCGAUCACGUGCUGCAGCAGAUGCAAUAAAGUUUACAGUAGACACAGCGAUGCUAAAGGAGAAGCUUAAUGUAACUGAAGAGGAUGAAGGAACAAAGGAAGAAGACAAUGAGACGAAAAUGGCACAAAUGGUAUGCUCUUUGACAAACCCUGAGGAGUGUCUCUCUUGUGGAAGUUAAAACAAUCGAAAGUUGGUCUGAAAGAGCCUGCGUCUCUUUUAUGUCUGUGUGUGUUUUUCGUCUGUUGAUUUGUGUAGGGUUAACUUAAGUACUAUAUAAUGUAAUCUAGUUCCGAUAAAACUGCCUUGUUAUUCGUGUCGUGUGUGAAAGUUAACAAGUAUCCUUUGCGAAGUGUGUAACAAGAAGUUGCUCAAUGUCUGUUUAUGCUGCUUCUUUCAUCCUUCCUUGGAUGUCUGAAACUUAUACUA